AUGGUAUGCUAUCUCUCCCUCCACUUCUCGACAGCCCGUCCGUCCUCUUCGGGGAACGGGUUGUUUCGUUACUUCCGCCUGAUCGUCAAUUGCAUUUCACAUUGGACCUUCCGACCAAUCCCCAUACCAGAGAGCCCUACCUACACCUCGCAGGAUGUCACCAUCAUCCUGCCGACCAUUGCCAACGGUGGCGAUGAACUCGAAACCACCCUGCGGACUUGUCUCUCCGCCCAGCCGUACGAGCUGAUCCUAGUGACGAUCGAGACCAACGUCGAAAACCUCACCAAGACGGCGAACAGGAUUAACGCCAAAAAGAUUCGCGUUCUAAGCAUACGGGAAGCGAACAAACGCAGACAGAUGUGCCGAGCGAUACCGGAAGUGUCAACACGCAUUACCAUCUUCGUGGACGAUGAUGUUAUGUGGCCGCCAAAGGUGUUGCAGUGGAUGCUGGCACCCUUUGAGGAUCCAAAGAUGGGCGGCGUGGGCACUUCGCAGAGGUUGAGGCGCUCGCAGAACAUGAGCGUCUGGAGCUUCCUGGGUGCGGCAUACCUCGAGCGCCGAAAUUUCGACUGCUCCGCUUGCCUCCACAUUGAUGGCGGCUUGCCAUGUCUCUCCGGUCGGACCGUCGCUUAUCGAAGCGCCAUUCUCCAGGACGAUGCGUUCACCCACGGCUUCACGCACGAAGAGUGGCGCACGUGCCAGCUCAACGCUGACGACGAUAACUUCAUCACGAGAUGGAUGUACAGCCACGAUUGGAAAAUCGCCAUGCAGUACCACAAGGAGGCGGAAGUGCAGACGACGCUGGAGGAUGGGCCCAAGUACCUGAGCCAGUGUCUCCGGUGGGUGCGCAGCAACUGGCGCAGCAACCUCACGAGCAUGUUUGUCGAGCGUCACUACUGGGCAACACAACCCUGGAGCACGUACUCCGUCCUUCAAACAACAAUCACGGCCUGGGCAUUACCCUAUGAUCUCUUAAUAUUCAUUUCCUGCUACCAAGCAUCAUAUAACUGGCCCGAAAAUCUGCGCACCGCACUUUUCGUGUUCCUGUUCACAUGGACAUUUCUGUUCAGCAAGACUGUCAAACUUUGGGGUCACUUUUUCCGAUACCCAGCAGACGUGGUCUUUAUACCCGUCUACGUAUGCUUUGGCUACUUCCAUGGUCUGAUCAAGCUAUGGGGUCUUUUCACACUAAGUGAGACAACAUGGGGAAGCAGAGACGGCGCAGAUACCGACAACCGCGUGCGUAUGAUUCGGCUGCCACAAUACGGCUCGACGAUACCCGAUGGCCGGAAGUCCGAGACUUUCGACUUUGCCAACAACGAAGUGGUCGACGAAGAGACACUGCCUGCCUACGACACCCACCGCAAGCAUCACAACCUACCCUUAAUGACAAUGACAACGACAACGACAACGACAACACCCUAUCACGAUUGA